CACUCUCUCCCUCCCAAAAUACACACACAACACACACACAAUAGCAUCGAAGAAUGAAGAUCUAUCCGAAAACGAAGAAGCCGCAGCAGCAGUGGAAGCCCUUCACGGCUAGGUACUGCUGCUCGGCCGACGACCGCGCCAAUUUCGGCAACAUGAGCAGCAAGAAGCCGCCUUCGUCGACGUCCAACUCUUCGUCGAAGAAUCUGACGGCGCCGGCGCAGAUGCCUUCGUUCAGGAAGCUGUCCUUCUCCGACAGCAGCCUGAGGUCGACGUCGGGCCGGCUCAACGAGGACCUGGCGCAGACGUUCGCGGGCGACUUGUACGACUUCCAGCUCAGCGAGCUGCGCGGCGCCACGCAGAACUUCGCCGCCCAUUUCCUCCUCGGAGAAGGAGGGUUUGGUAGGGUCCACAAGGGUUAUUUGGAGGAGGGGCUCAAACCCGGGCUGAAAGCUCAGCCGGCUGCGGUCAAGCUGCUCAAUAUCGAAGGCCUCCAAGGCCACCGCGAAUGGCUCGCGGAGGUUAUAUUUCUUGGGCAGUUGAGGCAUCCCAAUUUGGUUAAGUUGAUUGGCUACUGCUGUGAAGAUGAAGAAAGGCUUCUUGUAUAUGAGUUCAUGCCACGUGGAAGCUUGGAAAAUCAUCUAUUCAAAAGAAUGUCUGUGUGUUUGCCAUGGGCAACAAGAUUGAAGAUUGCUAUAGGCGCAGCCAAAGGACUUGCUUUCCUACACGGUGCUGAGAAACCAGUUAUUUACCGCGACUUUAAGGCCUCCAAUAUUUUACUUGAUUCGGAUUUCAACGCUAAAUUAUCUGAUUUCGGACUAGCAAAAAUGGGACCGGAAGGUUCAAACACUCAUGUUACCACUCGUGUGAUGGGGACAUAUGGUUAUGCCGCUCCUGAAUACGUCAACACCGGUCACCUAACCACAAAGAGCGACAUCUACAGUUUUGGAGUGGUUCUACUAGAAUUUCUAACAGGCCGAAGAGCGAUGGACAGAAGUCGGGCCGAACACGAGCAAAGUUUAGUGGAUUGGACCCGACCCUAUUUGACGAGCAGUCGGAAAAUGCGGUGUAUAAUGGACCCAAGAUUUGCGGGUCAGUACUCCGUUAGAGGGGCAAGGGAAAUGGGCCUUUUGGCCCAACAAUGUGUGAGCUUGAACCCGAAGGACAGGCCCAAAAUGCCUGCGAUUAUCGAAACGCUCGAAAACAUUCAAAAUUUGAGGGAUAUGGCCAUCACGAACGGGCAGUGGCCCGUUACGCCUAAAAACAGCCGAAAUGACAACUCGGUUGGCAAAGGGAGGAGGCAGCAUAGCCUCGGCUGUAGAAGUGCUGCCGUCGCCGCCAGCCCAAGAACCAAAUAAAUUGUUGAAUUAUUAUUAAUAUUAUAUAUAUGUGUAUUUAUGUAACGUAUAUAUGAUAUAUGUUUUGUGAAAGAAAAGAAAACUAAGGCAUGCUUGAA